CCGGACUCGGAGUUAGGAAAUAAAAUGCAAAACCCCCCCAGUACAUAACCCGUGGAAUAAAUAUCCAGGGCACAGCUCUUCUUCGAAGCUUUUGAGUUUAAGUCUGCUGGCGCGAUCACUGUUUUAUCUUUCUUCUCUUGCCAAAGCGUCCUGCUUCACCAUGGCAUCGCCACUCGCAGACACUCUCGAUGCACUGGCCCAGAGGUUGGCCGAGACCGCGCAGGCUCUGCGGUCCGGCAAUCUAUCCCUUGAGACGGACAUGCAGCAGCGGAUGGGCCUGAUCGCGGCCGGUACCGACCUUAUCGACGCCGUCAGCCUGCCCCACGACAAGGUCCUGCUGUGGCUACCACAGUUUACCCACAUCACCUCCAUUCGCCUGUUCAUCAAGUGGAAGGCCUUCGAGAAGAUCCCCACGGGCGACGGUGCGGAUACCUCGUACGCCGAACUGGCGGCGCAACUGGGCGCCGACGUGUCGCUGAUCACACGUAUCGCACGACCACUCGUGGCCAACGGCACCCUCAAGCAGACCGGCGCCGAUCGCAUCGCACACACGACCUUCUCCGCGAUGCUCGCCACACCCAAUUCCAUCUGGGCCAUGGUGCAACUUGCGUUCGAUGACCAGCUGUCCUCUUACGUCGCCAUGCCCAGGUAUUUCGACCGGUUCGGCCUCGCCGCCGAGCCCAUGGACCGGCUGCAGAGCGUCCUAGCCUUCUCCGAGGGCCGCCUCGGCGCCACCGUCUGGGAGAUCGCCAACAGUUCCGAGCAGCGACUUCGCGUCUUCAUGCUCGCCAUGGCCGCCGUGGAAGAGCAACUGCCCGCAAUCGGGGACUAUGAUCUCGGCUGGGCCGUCCAGGAGGCGAGCAGAUCUGCCGAUCGGGCGCUUGUGGUCGACGUGGGCGGCGGCAAGGGGCAGGCGCUCAAGGGGAUUUUCAGGGCCACGCCGGGACUUCCGCGGCACCGAUGCGUGCUGGAGGAUCUGCCCGAGGUGGUCGAGGCGGCCGGGCGGGAUGAUGCCGAGCUGGCCGGUGUGCAGAUGGUCGCCGUGGACUUCUUCAAGGAGCAGCCUGUCAAGGGGGCCCUGGUUUACUACAUCCGCCGCUGUCUCCACGAUUACUCUGACGAGGAAUGUGUCAAGAUCCUGCGCCACAUCUCGUCGGCCAUGGUAGCCGACAGCAGGCUUCUGAUUGUCGAGAUGCUGUUGGGCGACCGGCCAUCGGCGCUCCAGGCGGCCAUGGACAUGGCAAUGCUCACUCUCUCUGGCAAGGAGAGGACGCUGGCAAACUUCGAGGACAUUACUGGAAGGGCCGCGCUCAAGAUCACCAAGGUGUCUGAGAUUCCGGGCGGCAGCGCUGUCAUCGAGUGUGCUCUGGCAUGAUGUGGUCCAAUGCUCGGUGUUUGUAUCUCUCUUUUUGUUAGGAGACCAGAUGGGAUGACGAAAAGGCUGAUAAGCGCAACCAAAUGCGGAUGGAGACACAACAUUCCAGUGAUCGAUCGAUUGUAUGAAUUGGAACAAUGGAGCCCGUGUGCGGUCUUGAUUUGAGGGGUGGAUGCUGAAUCACGGUCCUGAUGAGUGACGCCACACCCGUUCCUGUCCCUAUUUCCCUCUAGUGUAGUGUGGCAUCCAGCUGAUGAUGACCACCUCAACUUCAAAACUGUCAUGAAUAUGAUGUCGUGAUCGACAAAGGUUCUUCGCGGCUGGCUGCCUAUCACAUGUCACAGACGAACGCCAAGACUGCAAGCGCAUGCAUAAACUGAAGCGGGAGCUGCAAGCUGAGCUCAUUCUACGGUUUACAUGCAUCCGUGCCUUGCGUCAACGAAACCGUG